GUGCUGAACGAGUUUAUCAGUUAUCAUCGACGCGCGAUGUGCUCGUGAAAAUCCUGGACUUGAAGGCGCGUCGUCGCGACGAUAUUUCUCUCUCUCUCUUUCUCUCUCUCUCUCUCUCUUUCUCUCGUGAUUUCCGACGUUCAGUCCUGCCAGUUGCGACGUAAUAAUGCGUACAAAUGAUAUAUCCGCGAGUAAAGAAACAGCAAUUUCGUCGAAUUUUUCGCACCAACAGCAAAAUUUCUCCCGUCGUGUUCUCCAGUCGCGUGCACACGACACGAAAUCCAUGAUCUGUGUGUGACGAGAGAAAACACGUCAGUUUUCUGACGCACAAAAUGUGAAUUUCUUUCCAAAGAGGUUGAAUACGAUAUUCGGUUCGGUAUAAAUUUUUUCACGCGGGGGUUGGUUUCCCCCUUACUUAGCGUUCCCGUAAACGCGACGCCACGUAAUUGUGCUGAUACGCGUGAAAUUUAAAGACGCGAUAUAAAAACGCGUACGAUUGUUCAUUUCUCGAUUCGAGCAUUUUUGUGGUGUGUUGAAAGAUGCAACAAGUUUCUUGCAAAUCGAUAUUGUUGCAACUUAUGGUUCUGUUAAUUAAAAACUGUUUUGGACCAGAAAAAAAAAAAAUCGUGCGCGUUUUAACGUUACGCGUGUGUGACGCAAAUUGACUUUUACGACUCGUAAAAUAUUGUCUGCUUUAUAUUCAUGGAUAUUUUUUUUGUCUCAACUAAUACAUAUUGAGCGGACGUCGAAAGAAGAAAAAAAUGGCAUUCUCGAUGAGAUAAUAUAUUGCAUCGAUCUUGCGAGCGGAUCAAAGUAUGAUCCUGUAGCGGCUUGUGCAAGAUCUCUCGAUAUCUCUCAGAAUGUUCAAAGACAACGACAAUGGAGCGGGAAGUUGCAACGCCGCGCCUUCCCGCCCUCGAAGGUUAUUUCCUCGAUUUUCUCUGCGAAGAUUGUUGUAUUCCAGUCCGAUCAUCGGCCGUCGCAUCGCGAGAACGCCGAGCACAAACAACAAAAAUUCAAAAAAUAAAGAUCAGACGAGUGGUAGAAUGACGGACGUAGAAAAAGGCGAAGCCAGAGCCAGCAACGGCUCCAGUCACUUUCAGUUUCACAACAUAGAUCUACAUCGUGCUUCCAGCAAAGGCUCUGUACUCUCUUCCGCGGGAAAGAGUAACGAGAACGGGAUGAUGGAGUGCCCGUUGUGCUUGUCCGAGCUUCCAGCAGAAUUCUUUCCUGUUGUUCAAUCUUGCCAUCAUCGCAGCUGCUACGACUGUUUUCAACAAUACUUGAAAAUGGAAAUCUCCGAGUCCAGAGUCAACAUUGCUUGUCCCGAAUGUUCGGAGCCGAUGCAUCCAAAUGAUAUUCGGAUGAUUUUGAACGAUCAAACACAAUUAGAGAAAUACGAGGAUUUUAUGGUUCGAAGAGUGCUCGCUGUGGAACCCGAUGCGAGAUGGUGCCCCGCUCCGGAUUGUAGUUUUGCUGUGAUCGCUAGCGGUUGCGCCUCGUGUCCGAAAUUACGCUGCGAACGACCAGGUUGCGAUUCGUAUUUUUGCUACCACUGCAAAGCGCGAUGGCAUCCGAAUCAGACGUGCGACGCGGCUAGAGCACAACGAUCGCAAUAUUACGAACGCAGCUCCUCUCUGAGUUUCAGCCAAAGUGAUUCUCAACAUAGAGACGAUAUAAAACCUUGUCCGAGAUGUCAAGUAUUGAUUGUGAAAAUGGACGAUGGAAGCUGCAAUCACAUGACCUGUGCGGUUUGCGGCGCUGAGUUUUGCUGGCUCUGCAUGAAGGAAAUUAGUGAUCUUCACUAUCUCAGUCCUUCUGGCUGCACUUUUUGGGGAAAAAAGCCUUGGUCCAGAAAGAAGAAAAUCCUUUGGCAGCUCGGAACUCUGGUAGGAGCACCGAUUGGAAUCGGUCUUGUAGCUGGUAUUGCAUUUCCUGCUAUGAUAAUAGGUAUACCUGUUUGGGUAGGCCAGAAAUUGUACACGAAAUACGAAAAAGCCAACAAGCACAAAAGAAAUGCCUUCAUCGUUGGCGGAGUUGCUGCUUCGAUCUUAGUGUCACCAGUGCUGGCGGGAUUCGCAGUGGGUAUCGGCGUGCCCAUUCUGCUGUUUUACGUUUACGGCGUGGUUCCGGUAUCGCUCUGCCGAAACGGAGGCUGCGGAGUUUCCACCAGUGGAAGCGGAGUCAGAUUCGACUUUGACGACGAAAACGAUCUAUUGGGAGCUCUAGGUGUACGCAACGGAGAUGCGGCAUCAAUAGACGUCGCGAGUCACCGCGGCGGUAAUCCAUCGAUAGGAGAGGCCUCGCUUUCAUUAGGCAGCGGCAGUCAGUUGGAGAAAUUAGGCCGGGAAAAUGACCGCGAAAGCGCCAGUAAUGUGGCUCUCGCUGGUACCAGUCUUGCGGGUAGUAUAGCCUCCAGCGUACUUCCUGGAGGACAAAGGUUGGAAGUCCAGGCUGAUGUUACAUCCACGCAACGCUUCAGUUUGUGCAGCGAAACCGCAUCCGCGGCCACUAGUUUGUCAGAAAAAUCCGUUAAUGCUUCUAUUGCUUUGGACGAUGGCGCGGCUUCCACGAGAGCCUUGGCCGGCUCUGUUAUUAAUUUCAAGAUGGAUGGCAGUUCGAUCAGCGGCGGUAGAAGUACCGAGGGAGAGCAGGCGGUCAGCUCCACGAACGGUGGUCACAUGGACUCGGCUGGACAAGCUACUUCACUAAGCUCUCUGGAAGAAGUAGCACCCGGCUUAGCGAAACGUACUCGUCGCAAGCUCACGUUCGACCGUCAGUGCAGCGAGUCAAGCAGCUGGACGAUGGGCGGAGGAGAGGACGGUGGAUCCGAGCGUGUACGAUUUGAUGAUCACGUCAGCGUGAUCGAAGCGGAUCAAGAGAGGGUGGUGGGUGGCAAGCUCGAAGCAAUGAAUAAUAAUCGUUCGGCGGGCGGACGCAAGCGAAACAAAGACUCCGAAGCGGAAGCGGAUGUUCAAAAGAUAUCUAAAGAUUCGAACGGUGAACCAAACGCCGAGAGUCCAGUGGAUGACGCUUCGCGGGAGCGCGUCAACGUGGCAACUUUGAGAAAUGUAUUCUUUCACAGUACGUCGACAACGUCCACCGAUCGCGAGAAACGAUUGUCCGUGAUAGAAGAACCGACACCGACCGUGACACAGACUUCCGACAAUAGGAUCUCCACACCUUGCGACGAGGGCCACAGUCGUAUUAGUCCCGACAAGAAUUUACAUUGCUAGGAAAAUUAAGACUGAGUGUCAUUGAUUUAACCGGUGUCCCUCGAAACAUUACGAUGUAUAGAUAUAUACAUAUUGGUGAGUGUGUAUAUAUAUAUAUAAAUAUAUACAUACAUAUAUUAAAACUACAACUAACUGUUUAACGCGCGAAUGAGAGCGCAAAGGUUUGUACAUACACCCGCAUACGCAACACAAACAUUUCAAAUCGGAGAUAGAAACAGUCAGAGAAGAUACGGCGAAGUAAUUUUAAUGACUGUGUGCAUUUGCGCUGUGAUUAAUUGCAUAAAAAAAAAAAAAAAAA